AUGCGACGACUUGGACUUCUCGACGGAGACAAUCUUCGCUAUGCUGUCAGCACCUGUCUAUACGACUACCCCAAGUCCGGAAAGAACAGGCAGAUCAACUCACCAUGCGUGACCGAGUACGCUUGCGAGCCUCUAGAUACUCCCGUCACCGGCGACGAACUUGAUUCGAAGAACGAGGACACCUGGAACUACUGUGAAGCGGACGAUGGCUCAUUCAAAAAGUCGACAGUAUGGACGUGUGUCAAUUGUUUGCGAGUAGAGCAAUACACUUACCUCGCCAACUUCAUGGUUGCGCUUCAAGCUGGUUGUGAACAAAAGCCUGAGAAGGGCCACAUUGCAUCGCUCAGUGGGAGUGUCUUCAGCAACUCACCCAUCAACAUCACCGAGCCUGUUGUCGACAUCAGGACAAAGCCCAAAGGUGCCGGUAGCAACGAACUCACGACCGGCGCAAUCGUUGGUAUCGCGGUCGGCGUGGGACUGUUCCUGGUCGGUGGUGUCGCUCUGCUAUUCAUGUACUAUCGUCGCCAGCGGCAGAUGAAACGCAACGAGAAGUCGAGUUUCGAGCGCCGCGAUAGCGACUAUGGCGCCACUCCCGAUCCUAUUCUGCCUCCCGGUAACGGCAAGAUGACUGCCUCCUUGAGGUCGUACACGCCACAGAACGGCUAUGACACCAAGGGGCAAGUGGUGACAAGCGGCGAGUAUGACGACAAGCUGGAAGAGGACUGUGGUCUUUCUAAGAUCAACUAUGCCUUUGACCCUCGCUCCAGAUUCCGCGGUCCGGGGAGCGCCCUGCCAUCACACGAAGCAUACAUCCCUCGCGGCGUAGCACAGUUACGUCCAGGAGCAGGCGGAGGUCUUGCUAGGUCACGCGACGACUCCCCUCAUCGAGGGCAUGAGCGAGCCCACACUGUUGGAUCCAUGACUAUGCAGACCUGUCUCAACUCAUCUUCCGGGGCAAUACAGGCUGCCGACCACGCGGCGAUUCGAGCGCCACCUCCAGCGUCGAGGCGCACGGCUUCUGUGGACGGACUCCCGGGCUUGCCACCUCCACCACCAGGUCCACCUCCAGCACCAAGUACAAGCGUGCCACCACCUCCUCCAGGUUCUCCGCCCAAGGGCCAUAGCAAAACCCCGUCGAUAGGUCUGCCUUCACUGCGCAGGCUCCGAGGUGCAAAACAAUACACCCCGCCAACGGUGGAGGACGUCACACGGGAUGCGUCAAUGUCCAUCUCCCAACCAGUGAUGCGUUCGGGCUCGCGAUUCAAGGACAAGCCUUUACAGGGCGGCUCAGUUUAUGCUACAGACGGACGGGUACCCAACAGUGAUGCUGCGAAUGGCUAUGUCGAGGUGCCAAUGCGUAGCGGCAAGAGCACGCUCUACGGGUAUUGA